AUGGCUGCCCAGCACCUCCUGCUCCUCACCUGCCUGCUGGCCCUGUCAGCCACCGUUCUCGCCCUGGACAUAGAAAACCUGAAUAUCUUCAAUGGAACUUCAGAUAAAAUUCUGAACCUCAGCCCAGCAGAUCCUGUGCCUGUGCACAGUGCAGGACACAGCCAGGGGAAGCAAGCCAGUGACACCCGACCACCAGCAGGACGUGCCUGGCCCAAGGACUGCAGUGAGAUCCCCUCAGGCAGCCCCAGCGGCAUCUACCUCAUCCAGCCCACAGGACUGCACCAGCUCGUGGUGUACUGCGACAUGAACGAAACAGCCGGGGGCUGGACGGUCCUCCAGCGGAACCGGCGCGACACACAGAUCACCUGGGCUGAGUCCUGGAGCACCUACAAGUACGGCUUUGGCAACGUGCAGGAUGACUACUGGCUGGGGACGGAGUACAUCUAUCGGAUCGCCAAGCAGAAGGUCUACCAGGUCAGGUUUGUCAUCCACGAUUCAUCCGGCACCAUGAAAUACGCAGACUACAACCUCUUCGGUCUGGAAGACGAGUCCAAAGGCUACAGGCUGAGGCUGGGCUCUUACACUGGGACUGCAGGGGACGCCAUGACUUCAAACAAUCCUAGCACCGUGCAUGACAACAUGAAGUUCUCCACUAAAGACCUGGAUCAGGACACUAACAGUGGGAACUGUGCGUCUAGCCAUGGUGGGGGCUGGUGGUACUCGGCUUGUUAUUCUGUUCGACUGAACGUCAAAGGAAGCAUCACUUGGGGUGGUUUCUGUAGUGGGAACUGCCAAGCCUCUGCCAUCCUCAUCAAACCAGCAUCCUACUGUUAGUCACCCCUUCCCCACCCUCCUGUCUGCAGUGAGGCCAACCCCUGCUCCACGAAGGGAGGGAAAAGGGUCAGAGUGUGUCAUGGCCAAACCUCCCGCCCGCUCUCACAGGCCUUGCUUGGGGAAGUAUCAGGGUUACCCAGGAAACGGGGCCACUUUCCUUCUCCUCUCUCUCCCUGCAGACUUUCCGAGCUCUUCUCCACUUGGCCCUUCCUCUUUCAGCUUUGGGU